AAUUCGUCUUCUCUGCGUGGUCGCGUGAGCUCUCGGUACUCUCGGUCGGUGGCGGAGACUAUUCAUUGCUCGGCGAGAGCGCCGGCGUAGCCACUGAUUUGCGAGGCGCUUCCUUCUGGGCUCAGGUGCUUCCUUUGCCUUGCGGUGCGGCUAGGCCUCGACGUACUGUAGGAAGUCUUGACGCGGGGCGCAGCGCAGCGUUGGCAGCCGCAAAGCAAAGCAAAGCCCACACAUUACAAAGGUCAAGAGGGCGGUCAUGCUGCUGUACAGUAGCUCGCUGCCCUCUCGCAUCGAACGGCAGUCGAGUCCAGGUGCUGAAGAGAGGGAUUUUAGCCUGUUCGACACGAGGCGAUACGAGCGUUCGUGGCCGGGCCUUGGACUGACUUGUGAAGUUCGAGGCUUCCUCUCAUUUUGCUCCUGCCGAUGCGCUAGCCGCCGCCGUCGCCGCCGUCCGCGUAUCUCUCGCGCGACUCUUCGCCGUCUGGCCGCCUUAAACUUUGCCCCGCUUUCGUCUCUCGACCCGGAGCCCUGCGAGCCUAUCUUCGCCCUCACUCACUCUUUCCCACCUGCCUCGCCUUGUAGCUCCUUCCUCGUCAGGCCCACUGACCUUGCGCCCCUUCUCAUCGCGUCUCUUCCCCAGACGCCUGCCUCUGAUUUGCUCCUGCUUCAUCCUCCUGAUUCAUCUCCGCUUUCCUUCCCCCUGGAACCAGCUUCACUCUCGCGACGCGAUAUCGCAGCAACGAGGGACAAGCGACACGAGCGAGCGACAAGCUUCGUUCAAUAAAGACCAGUGGCAACGCAGGCACCUGCAUAUCUUUUCCAACCCUCCCCCGCAUCCAUUCCUUGUCCUCCUCAUCAUCUAGCAGCAAUGUCUAGGGUCAACGUCGAUCGAAAAGAUCUUGGCGUCGUGAGUUUCUUCAGC